AUGAAGAACAAAAGUGGUGGUCACAGACGCAAUAAAUCAGCUCGCAAUGAAGCCGCUGCUGGCAACAAGAAUGGUCGUCGCAGGCGGAAUGUAAGUGUGCCUGGUGUUUGUCUGUUGUGCAAGGUUCAUCCUCAGAAGGUUUAUUAUUUGUUCUUACUGCUAAAUGCAAUGCAGAAAUCAGCUCGCAAUGGAGCCGCUGCUGACAAUGGCGACAGGCUUAGCAAUCUGCCCAAUGACCUCCUGCUCAACAUUCUGGAGAGGGUGGACACACUUGAUGCUAUAAGGACCUGCAUCCUCUCCAAGCAAAUGCUGAAUCUCCCCACCAUGCUCUCGCAGUUCUUCUUAAGUGCUGGUUCCGUUCCAGGUCACCAUGAUAAAGCUUGUGUUUUCAGCCGCGGUGAAGUUCUCCGAACCAACAAUGCUGUGGCUCGUGUAACGGAUAGCAUCUUGUGCACAAGGAAUCCGAAGAUCGCCAUUACUAAACUUAAAAUCAGAUUCGUCUUGAUGCCACAUGUCUCUCUCACCAUUGGAAGAUCUGUUGCCCGUGCCAUGGCAACCCAGAAGGUUGGCGCAGCUGAGUUUGAGAUCAUAACGGAGAAGGCUUAUACGGACUGCUCUCCUGCCGAUCUUCUCCAAUUUGCGAAUCAGUUAAAUAAUUUUGUUGGUGCUUUCCCAGAUGCAUUUGCUGGACUCAGGCGCCUGUGGCUGCGCAAUAUGAGGUUUGGUGAACUGGACAUCACCAACAUUCUCAGCACUUGCAAACUCUUGGCAUCUUUGCGUUUAACCGAGUGCGACUCAGGGAUCGAUUCUGUGCUGCAAGUAGAACAUGCUCAGCUUGUUGAGCUUGAGGUAGACUACGGGGAAUUUUCAAGAGUUGAGCUGACAUGUCUACCAAAACUCCAACGAGUGAGGUAUAAUAAUUGGUACUCUUAUGAAGAUCCCCUGUAUUUUGGUUUUGUACCACAGCUUUCAAAGCUGAGCCUCACUAAAACUGGUGUCCGUUGGGAGAAGACUCUGGAGUUAAGUCAGCUCCUUGCUAAUGUUCCGAACAUAAGCAAUCUGCAUCUUGAUUUUGAAAGUGAAAAGAUCUGGGUUCUACCAGAAUGCCCGAAACUGCUCACGCCUGUGCUCGGCAAACUACAGCAUGUGAAUCUAGACAAUCUUCCUGAAGGAUGUGAUUUAGCUUGGACGAUGUUUAUUCUUGAAGCUGCACCCACCCUAGAAGAGCUGUGUGUCGCGGUAAGGGAUCAUUGGUGCAUAAUGCUGACAGACGAAGAAGCUCGGAAGAAAAAUGGUUACUGCGAAAAGGCAGACGUGAAUUGGAAGCCAUAUGCACCUGAUUUCAAGCACAAGAAUCUGGCUAAGCUCACCAUCUAUGGCUUCCAACCCAACGACAAUUUUAAGCGAUACAUCAGAUGUGUUGUGGAACAUGCGGUUAAUAUAACAGAGAUAUCUCUGUACGACAGGAAAGUGUGCGGGAGCUGUGGUGACUUGGAUCCCGAGAUCAAGGUAAAGGUUUGUCCAUCAAGAUAUCCACAGACAGCCGAGGAGAUGAAGCAGAUAACUGAGGGGUUGGGUUUGGCUUCGCGUGCUGUGAUUCACUUCCGGUCCUAA